AGUCACUUCUACUUGUUGCCUUCGUGUGGCUCUGAUGCACUUGUUAGAUUGUAUGGGAGAGACGCGGUCAUUUACUUGGGGGCGAAAAGCUGAGCUGCUAUCUGUAGCUAACAGCAAAGCAGAUUACGUCAUAGGACAUUUGUAAAAAGUGUGGGAGCCUGUAGCAGAUACCAGAAGCUUCUAAAACCCAAACAAAGACGAUGGCGAGCCAGUCCCAAGGCAUCCAACAGCUUCUGCAAGCCGAAAAGCGUGCAGCUGAGAAGGUCUCCGAAGCGAGGAAGAGGAAGAGCCGGAGGCUGAAGCAAGCGAAGGAGGAGGCGCAGGCUGAGAUCGAGCAGUACCGGCGCGAGAGAGAGCGGGAGUUCAACCAGAAACAGAGCACAGUGUUAGGAUCACAAGGCGACCUGUCCUCUGAAGUAGAGCAGCAGACACGGCAGAAGAUCCAGGCCAUGAACAAGAGUUACCGUGCCAACCGGGAGGGGGUUCUGAGGCACCUGCUAGCCCUCACCUGCCAGAUCAGCCCCCAGAUCCACUGCAACUACCGCUGCACUUCCUAGAGAGCCAGACAGAAUGAGACAGAGCGAGGGCGCUGUGAACACAGAGGGAGAGACAGAACAGGCACUUGGACAGGCCUAGGGAAAGCUAAACAGGAAGCACUUAGGUGUUGAUGGGAAUAAAGAUGUGACUGCAAACAUCAUUAUCAUGUCAUCCCCUCUGUCAGGUCUGCAGAUGUUGUAUCCUGGUGAACAUUGUGAUAAAUUGCACCAGAUCCUUCUCCUGAGUCGACGUCUCUCCAGUGAACAUCAUACGCUUAUGGAAACUCAGUGUGUCAUACCAGUGGGGAGAUUGCAUGUGUGCGGGCAAAGGUGCCUGUGAGUCUCUUUCAGUUGUCACUGUGGCUUAGAUCACACCCAAGCAAAUGUGGAGUAAUGUGUGCAGGGUUGAUUAUCCUCGUAGUUGUGUUUGAAUUCUGCUUCCUUUGCCUGCGUGUUGCCAUUUCUAGGUCCGGCAAAGAAUCGGUAUUGCAGGAAAUAUCACACCUGUCGUCAUCUCUGUCAGUCAAAGCCCACAUCAUUGGCUGGCUGUCACCGGAAUGCCAAGCCGUUGUUGAUUUUGAGGUAAACAUAAAUGAACAGUCUUCACAAUGUUCCAAGUCCUGUGCUGUCGUUAAAUUAUUAGCAUGAACUGUCAAAUAGGGUUUCGUUAAAUUCUGGCAACUUUGUCGUGAUUUCUGUAAGGUGUUGCAUAAGCAUGCUAAAUAUUACAUGGUGGGUAUAGCCUAAUAAACCUUUAUUAGUUAUAAAAGCAUGCAUUUUUAGCUGGUAUUUUUUCUGGUCGGGGCAGAUUUGAUAUGUCGGAUCUUGAUUUUAUCGGAAAUGAAAAUUGUAUUUUCCUAUACAAUCCUAA